AUGCCCGCUGCAGAGACUACCAAUACAGGCUCAAAGCCUGACCUUUCAGCCAAAUUAGCUGAAUUACGCGCCAGCAAGUCAAGACGUUCCCCUCCUACUGCCCGCCAACAACAAGACCCGCCACCAGUGACACCAGCUCUCCCUGCGCCUAUCGACCUCUCUUCGCAUACAUUCAGCCGACCAUGCCGUCGUAUUUUAUCACCUAAAGAUCUCGACGCAUUCGCAUCUUCUCCCGCAUACACACUUAUCCUCGCGUUCAUAUUUGGUCUAUCAGACAAGGUCCGCCGGCGGGCCAUCACAGACAUUCAAAAUGAACAAGUACCGGAGAACAUUGAAAAGAUUCUACGCAUAAUCGACUUAUUGAGCUCUCUAGUCGAAAAGAACCCUGCAGAAGACCAAGGAGGAUCACGUUUCGGCAACCCAGCGUUCCGUUCCCUCUUCGACGACACCGCGUCCCAAAGCCCCGAAUGGCAUCGCGAGAUACUAGGAAUCAAAGAUGCAGGUGCGGUGGAUGAGAUAUCAACAUAUCUGAUCCACUCCCUUGGAUCACGAGAUCGACUCGAUUAUGGCUCAGGGCAUGAACUGCAUUUCAUGAUGUGGCUCUUGUGUCUGUAUGAGCUGCGAAUUGUGUCGGUUGCGGACUUUCCUAUGCUCGUUUUCAAGGUUUAUUACAGUUAUUUGCACCUAAUGCGCCGGAUACAAUCGACAUAUUAUCUUGAACCGGCUGGUUCACAUGGUGUCUGGGGUCUGGAUGAUUAUCAUUUCCUUCCUUUCCUAUUCGGAGCUUCUCAGCUCGUGGAGCAUCCCUACAUCACACCUCGCGCUAUCCACAGCAGUGCCGUUCUCGACGAGGAAGGCGACAAAUAUCUCUAUCUCGACCAGGUGCGAUGGGUAGACAGCGUCAAAACCGUCAAGGGUCUCCGAUGGCACAGUCCCAUGCUAGACGAUAUCUCGGGCGCAAAGAACUGGAUCAAAGUCGAGAGCGGGAUGAAGAAGAUGUUUGUCAAGGAAGUGCUUGGCAAAUUACCGAUUAUGCAACAUUUCUUAUUUGGGAGUUUGAUCGCGGCGUCGCCAGAGAUGGGCCAGUUGUCGGAUGAGGCGACAUCAUCUGAACAGCAAGACCAACUGGGUCAUGGUCACGAUCAUAAUCAUACGCAUGGCGAUGACUUUUGGGGUGACUGUUGCGGUAUCAAAGUUCCUAGUACUAUAGCGGCAGGUGAGGAGAUGAGGAAGCGCAUGGGUGGUGGGGGGCUACGACCGAUUCCGUUUGAUUGA